AUGCACCGCAAUAUGAUGAAAGCGACGGCCUGGGUGACAGUCAUUCGCCGCGGCCGAACUGACGAUUCCGGUCGCCACCAGAAUACUGAACUCCCAAAUGAGCACGCCAUCUCCCUACUUCAUCCGGCCCAUUCUUCUGCCUUGUCUCUCAACCCCUUCGAAGACCCAGUCUCUUCAAGUGAAGUGACUCGCCGGCCGUAUCCCUCUUCAUCUGCUGAGGUCAAUAGCCCCAGAAGAGAGUCGAUGGAAUCACUAGAUCUCCCUGAUCAGAUCAGAUUACAAAAGCUUUCUAACCAGGGCUCGGCUAUUUCCUCUUCCAAGGACUCAGCGCCGCGACACAAUGGAAGUACCAUUCGUCGAUAUCCAACACGGCGAAUUAAGUUGACCCAAGGAUCGGUCUUGAGUAUUAACUACCCGGUACCAAGUCCUAUACGCAAUGCUAUUCAACCUGAGUAUCGAGACGCAGAAGGGGAGCUUCCUGAAGAAUUCACGCAAAUGAGAUACACCGCUGCAACAUGUGAUCCUGAUGAAUUUACCCUACGCAAUGGCUACAAUCUCCGGCCUUCGAUGUAUAAUCGACACACCGAACUUCUCAUUGCCGUCACAUACUACAACGAGGAUAAAGUACUAACCGCCCGAACCCUCCAUGGGGUAAUGCAAAAUGUACGAGAUAUUGUGAAAUUGAAAAAGACAGAAUUUUGGGAUAGGGGAGGUCCCGCAUGGCAGAAGAUUGUCGUCUGUCUUGUCUUCGAUGGCAUGGAUCCCUGCGAUAAAAAUACACUUGACGUUCUGGCAACCAUUGGCGUUUUUCAAGACGGUGUGAUGAAGCAAGAUGUGGAUGGAAGAGAAACGAUCGCUCAUAUUUUUGAAUAUACCACACAGUUGUCGGUUACGCCGAAGCAAGAGCUUGUGCGCCCGUACAAAGACGACCCUAUGAACCUGCCCCCGGUACAGAUGAUGUUUUGUCUGAAGAAAAAGAAUACCAAAAAGAUCAACUCACAUCGGUGGUUAUUCAAUGCAUUUGGACGCAUUUUGAACCCUGAGAUCUGCAUUUUGAUCGACGCGGGCACGAAACCCGGGCCUAAGUCCUUGCUAGCCCUAUGGCAAGCCUUCUACAACGACAAGAACCUCGGCGGGUCAUGCGGUGAAAUUCAUGCGCUUCUUGGCCAUCGAUGGAAGAAGCUCCUAAACCCCUUGGUUGCGGCCCAAAAUUUCGAAUACAAAAUCUCGAAUAUUCUGGAUAAACCAUUAGAAAGCAGUUUCGGCUAUGUUAGUGUACUUCCUGGGGCGUUUUCUGCCUACCGGUAUCGCGCCAUUAUGGGCAGACCUCUGGAGCAGUAUUUUCAUGGAGAUCACACGCUAGCUCAAAAGCUUGGUAAGAAAGGAAUCGAUGGGAUGAAUAUCUUUAAGAAGAACAUGUUUCUUGCGGAAGAUCGCAUUCUUUGCUUCGAGUUAGUUGCUAAGGCUGGCAACCGGUGGCACCUCACAUACGUGAAAGCGUCGAAAGGAGAAACAGAUGUCCCGGAACGACCAGCGGAGUUCCUGAGUCAACGGCGCCGAUGGCUAAAUGGCUCUUUUGCGGCAUCGCUAUAUUCCAUCAUGCAUUUCAACCGGAUAUAUAAGAGUGGCCAUAGUGCCAUUCGGUUGCUGUUGCUUCAUGUCCAAUUGGCUUACAAUGUCUGCCAGUUAGUUAUGACAUGGCUAUCACUUGCAUCCUACUGGCUCACAAGUUCCGUCAUCUUGGACAUUGUGGGAACCCCAAGUGAGACCAACAAAUUCAAAGGGUGGCCUUUCGGAAAUGACGCUACCCCGAUUGUCAAUAAUAUGUUGAAAAUUGGUUAUCUCGCCUUCCUUAUGCUUCAAUUCAUUCUAGCUCUCGGAAAUCGACCAAAGGGAUCAAAAUUCCUGUACACGCUCUCCUUUCUCUACUUUUCUGUGGUCCAACUCUACCUCCUAAUUUUGUCAUUCUAUCUCGUUGCACAGGCUAUGACACCCGAGAAUCUCAGUUUCGAUUUAGAUCAUGGGUUUGGAGCACUCGUAUCAGGCUUCCUUGCCUCCACUGGUGGACUUGUUCUAAUCGCCUUGGUCUCAACAUACGGAAUCUACUUUAUUGCUAGCAUACUCUACGCCGACCCUUGGCAUAUGCUCACAUCCUCUUGGGCCUAUUUUCUCGGAAUGCCUUCUUCGAUCAAUGUUCUAAUGGUGUAUGCAUUUUGCAAUUGGCAUGAUGUUUCAUGGGGUACAAAGGGCUCAGAUGCACCGGAGAAGCUUCCAUCAGCGCAAACCAAAAAGGACGAUGAAGCACCUUUCGUUGAAGAGCUUGAUAAGCCUCAAGUGGACAUUGAUGAGCAAUUUGCAUCCACCGUGAAGCGGGCCUUGACCCCGUGGAAAGAACCAGUUGAGGACGAAGGGGUGGCCCUUGACGAUUCGUACAAGGCAUUCCGCACUAAUCUAGUGUUGCUAUGGACCUUCAGUAAUGGUCUUCUGGCGUUGCUAAUCAACAAUCUCAGUAUCGAUAGGCUUUGCCUAACAUCGACGUCUACACCUCGCACCGCGUGGAAUUAUGUCGACAGUCGAGAGACAGGCACCUCUAUUAGUGUGCGAUCUCUGUCAUUCUCGCAAGUCCUCCGCUCUAACCCAAGUCGUGAUUUCAAUGAUCUACGUGUGUUCAAAACCGGGGUUAUAUAUGAUCCCGUUUAUGAUGCGCAAAUGACGAUCCAGCAUCAAUUAUGCAAUCUACCGGGUCUCACUCUAGACAGACGCAGUGUGCUUGAAACAGCAUUAUCGGUCAUACGAAUAUUGUCUGACAAUUCGAGAUCACUGGGAGAAGACAGUCUCAAUGAUCGUAAAGAGGAAGUUUCCUCUCGGGGUCUGUCUAUUGAAUUCCUUACCUGGAUGUUGAAAGAUAUUCGGACGGACAGGUUUGGAGUAUUUGUUGUGGAUUACUUUAAACAUAUCUCCAUCCCAUCAUUGAAGAAGAUGGGCCUUUCACUCCUUCGCAACGACACAUCAAAUCGUGAAUCUAUCAUCUACACCGUUUGUGUUAAUGCUGUUGCUUACAAGUUUAUCACUACGGUUGUAAAUCUUGAAGAAGACGCCGACGUUGCCCUCGAGCUGAGGAAGAAUGCAACGGGAUAUCGAGCAGCAGCUCAGGCUGCAUUAAAGCAGAUCCCACUGCUAAUACCCCCAUCUCUCGCACUAUUACAGGCUAUCAUUUGUGGUAUAUUCCUUCACCAGGGAUCUGGAGACGUCGAUUUAAGUGGAGACCUCACCAAGGCCGCCUGUAACACCUGCAUUGACUUGCACCUUCAAACUAAGGUUCUAUGUGGGAAUGCAAGCGAAGAAGAGCUUUUCUGUUUCCUAUGGUGCUACACCUUGGACAGAAACCACGCCUUCAAAUCACGAACUUCACGCUGUCUUCUUAACGUCCAGCUACCACCUACUUUCACCGAUCUUUAUCCAACGUACCCUCCAAUGGCCGAACAUUUCUUGAUUUAUCUAGAUCUCGCCCGGGUACAGGAUACAGUGGUUUCAUAUCUUCCCGAUAGCUUAAUAGGUCACAACAAUCCCUCAUUACUAUAUGGUACUGGAGAAUACAUGCUGGUACAGAUGCAAUAUAUCGAGCAAAGAAUGACACACAUGUCUUCUCUGUCAACUGAAUGGAAAGGCCUGGACUCCCAAACCGAAAUGGCAGCUCUCAAAUUCGCCUAUCAAUCAGUCAUGACUGGAAUCCUCUAUCUUCUCCAAUCCGACCCGGGCCAAACAAUCCGCUCAACAGAGAGCUAUCUUCAAUCAGCACGCCGGGAACUGUCAGCACUCGUAUCAAUGUGUCACUCAGCGGAGAAGCAAACUGCAGUCAACUUUUUGAACUGGACGAUUCUCCUCUACCCAGCAACGGCCUAUCUAGUCCUAUUCUGCAACGUCGUUGCAACAUCCGACAUCGGCGAUUUCAACCUCAUGAAAGCCAUCGCUGAUUGUCUAACUCAAACUGGAAUCAGUUAUCCCCUCGUUCAACUACGAACACUAUACCAGAAAUUCCUGGGUCUUUCGCAGGAGUUUUUCAACAAUGAGCGCAAUACGCUUCAGGCCAGUUCGGCGAAUUCGCUGUCUAACCCUGUAGGAAACCAGUUUGCGAUUACGUGGACAGAUGAUUCGAUUUUCGAUCAGUUUGUUUUCACCGGGGAUGGGUUCUCUGGUAUGCUAGGUAUGCCAGAGAUUGAUCCAUCUCUACCAUACAAUUUUGAUUGA